UCAUAACUAUGUGACUUAAACGUGUUGGAUUCGUGAUGCGGUUUAAAUAUAUCUUAAUCUUUCGAUGGACUGAUUGCUGGUAAACAAAGAUGUUGUUUAUGUAAAAGAAAUGUAUCGUCAUUUUAUCAAUCAUCAAAUACACAUGAACUGUUGAGGAGCAGGUGCACGCUGGGUUAGCGGUUACACAUAUUUAAGACACCGUAAGAUAUAAUAUAUUCGAUCGCGCUUGUUACCCAUUGGGAAGAUACUAUUGGCGUUUACUAAUUAGUACGUGUCUAAGGUGUGCUGUCUGAUGUAGUAGGAUUCCCUGUGCAGUGAUAUCUAGUUUCUACACGUGAUCUAGCAGUGUUUGAAAUUCUACUGGACAGUGGACGAUGGAUAGCAAUGUAUUGUGUUAGAAGUUUUAGUGAACGCUGAGGAAUAAUUACAAUAAAACGCCAUUAUGUAACGACCAUUUGGACACUGACAGUUUGGCACUAUAAAUGGUUUGGUGAAAUGAAAAAGGAAAGGCAAAUGAAAUGAUUGGCACUAUAUUGAAAUUCACCAAGUGUAAGGGCGUGGUGUCAAGGUUUGACUGUAUAACGUGAUGGACGAUUGGUGCCAGUACCUACUCAAAUACGGGAAGGUUUCAUUUUAAUGCAACAAAACAAGAACAUAUUAUUUCACAAAAGCAGUAGCUGACAGACAAGCCCGAGUGCGAGAAACAACAACAAAUAUCUUCAAUCAAACCACGCAUAACUGGAUUGGGCUGGACCAGACAAAAGUCGAAUACGCUCAUUUAAAACACAGUCCCACAGUGGUUUCUGUUUGUUAUCAUCUGUGCACGUUGUCUCAUAUGUGUAUAAGUAAUGCACUGAGUAGUGUUUAUCAAGUAUACACUCCACUGAUACUAUAAUCUAUCCUGUAUUUGAGGAGUUUGUAAUAGUCUACUUGACGAAAUCAGCGAGCUGACUAACACUGAUGUCCCAUACAGCAGGAAAGUCAAUAUAAUGUUUUUAACAUUUUCCCAAACAAGCAUAUACAUUGCUUAAAGCACAUGUUGUUCUUUACUAAAGAUGAGGAUGCACAAACUCAUUAGUGCCUCUCUAUUUCUGAUUUUUCUUACGGUUUCCGCACAUGCGCUGACAGUGAUAUGGAUGGCUCCCAGGUCAUCACCACAUUCCACCCUGCAAGUGAAUGCAUCUACAUCCCUUGGUGCGCUAGCUCUGGCCAUAGAGACGGUUUAUAACGAAUCCAUACUUCCAGCUGGAACACUGAAUACAAUCUGGCUCGACUCGGCGUGCAGCAGCAAACAGAGCAUAGGUGUCCUCACUGACUUCAUCUUCAACUCAUCUGUAGACGUCAUAUUUGGUCCACCAUGUACUCAAGCUAUGAUCCCUAUAGCCCAGCUGGCGUCCUACCGUGACAUCCCCGUGUUCCAGUGGCUGGGAAACGAAGAUUCUCUGGACGACAAGACAGAACUCAACACACUGGUCAUGAGUAUCCCGCCCCUCUCAGCAUUAGGCGGGAUUCUGACAUUCUUCAUGUUCGGUCUUAAGUGGUUCCGGCUUGUCCUGAUAUCCGCAUCAGACGCUGUGUCUAAAGGCUAUGCCGACGCCAUCGUGGCAACAUUGCAGUCUCCGCAUGACAACCUUGGCGUCUACAUCGCCCAUCACUACUCGGAGGUAAACUGGAACAUGACGGAAGCGGAAGUGGACGCCAUGUUCCAAGCCAUCAAAGACGAGAGUAGGAUAAUCGUGAUGGUCGUCCCGGAAACAGAUCUCCGUCGGUACAUGCUGAGAGCCGCCGCACUGAGCAUGACCGCAGGUGACUACCAGUUCGUUUUCGUGAAAACGACACUUCCGUCCGAGAGCGACUUUCAGCGUCUAGCGACAACUUCAAUAUGGCAGAAAGGAGACGGCCACGACGCUGCAGCUAAACAGGCAUUCAGAAAUGUACUUUAUGUCGUCUUUGGAAAUACACACGACGACAUCGGAGGCUGGCACCAGCUGGCUAAAGAGGCCGCGGCGAGAGUUUACCCUGCCGGAUCUAGCAACAUGCCUGAUUUAUAUGAGCCAGACAAGUACUCGAUUUACCUACACGACGCCAUCUUGUUAUACGCCAAGGUCCUCAAUACGACUUACGUACCUACGCCCACCCGCCCACUCAGCGGAGCAGUCAUCGCCAAAACGACAAGCAGCAUAUCAUUUAAUGGUCUGUCAGGCCUGGUCUUGAUGUCCGUUCAUGCUGACCGCUACCCUGGAGUGGCCAUCUACGAUCUUAUUGAGAACGACACUUUUGCCGAGGCAGCCCAUCUACAUUAUGACUUGGUCAACGGAAAACCUGAAUCGGAUUCGCUCGUAGGUAUUUUCCGGUGGGGCGACGGGCGGACUAACCAGGAGUACAUACCACCCGACGUCCCGGUCUGUGGUUUCCACGGGGAACUGUGUAUCGAGGAGACAGCAUCGCAAGUCGGACUGUAUGUUGGCCUCUCUGUCGGAAUGGUGGGAUUACUCUUUGUACUCCUACUCAUUUUCAGGUUCUGGCGACGCGAGAGAGAAAUUAACAAUAUGGGUUGGAAAAUCCCCUUCAACGCUCUGGAUUUUGAGGCCGGUAAAAGGAAUCGUUCGUUAACGAAUUUCUCUAAUCGCUUAAACAAGAGUACAAAAAGUUUGGGGACUGAUAGACAAACCGAAUACACGUAUGGGCAGACAACUCUUACCGACUCAUUCUCCGAGGCCAUACAAAAGCAGGAGCACAGUUCCGUGGCCAUUGCCAGGUUCAAACGAUCCGUUGUGGCAGUCAAACACAUUCGGAAGAAAAAGAUCGCAACCACAGACAGGACAUUGCUGAAAGAAAUGAAAAUGCUACUGGAUCUGAAACAUAACAACGUGACAACACUGCGGGGGGUCUGUACUGAUCCUGGUCACAUCUGCGUUUUAUGGGAAUACUGCGCAAAAGGCAGCCUCCAGGAGAUCCUGGAUAAUGACGACAUCAAAUUAGACACCAUGUUUAAAUUGUCAUUGGCUAUAGAUAUUUGUAAGGGACUCGAGUACAUUCAUCGGUCUGAGCUCAGGUUCCACGGAGGGCUACAGAGCUCCACGUGUGUGGUGGACAGCAGAUGGACUUGUAAACUUACCGAUUUCGGACCCCGCUAUCUGAUGAAUGGUGCUGAAUUAGACCCGAAUGAGUCGGAGGAGCACCGUUACAGAGCAUUAUUUUGGACCGCCCCUGAAUUCCUUAAGAAAGCAUUAACUAAACGGAUGAGGGUUGGGUCACCAGCUGGAGACAUUUACAGCUUUGGGGUCGUCGCUAUGGAGAUAGUGACCAGGGAACCGCCAUACCAAACCAUGGAUUUAACAGCAGAAGAGAUAAUCCGGAAUGUCCUGAUUCCGAAGGAUGGUUUGCUCUGUCGCCCGAAAUUUUCUGCGCUCAGCGACAGCUUCCCGGCAGCUAAACAGAUCGGAGGCAUACAGAGAUUAGUGGAGCGCUGCUGGAACGAGGACUCGUCAUUCCGGCCAACAGCCAAAACUGUACUAAAAGUUCUCAACAAGAUUAAUCCCUACAAGAAAGCUAACGUGAUCGAGAACAUGAUUACUAUGAUGGAGAAAUAUUCUAACCAGCUAGAGGACCUGGUAGACGAGCGGACGGCUCAGCUGGAGGAGGAAAAACGCAAGACAGAGUCCCUCCUCUACAGAAUGUUACCAAGGAAGAUAGCAGAGCAAUUGAGGAUAGGAAUGCCAGUACAGGCCGAGGCUUUUGAGAUGGUUACAAUCUAUUUCUCAGAUAUCGUCGGUUUUACCUCAAUUGCAGCUGCAAGUACACCGCUACAGAUUGUGGGCCUACUAAAUGCCCUCUACACAGUAUUCGAUGACACGAUAAAGCAUUUUGACGUCUACAAGGUAGAAACCAUCGGCGAUGCAUAUAUGAUUGUUAGUGGUCUUCCGGAGAAGAAUGGCAAUAAGCACGUGACAGAGAUGGCAUCUGUGUCGAUUGCACUCUUGAACGUAGUGCGACACUUCAAGAUUCCACACAAACCUACCGCACAGCUAGAAAUCCGUAUCGGCCUACACAGUGGCCCGGUGGUUGCGGGAGUGGUCGGACUUACUAUGCCCCGGUACUGUUUGUUUGGGGACACAGUCAAUACGGCAUCUCGGAUGGAGUCUAAUGGUCAAGCAUUAAAGAUACAUAUUAGCAACGUGACAAAUGGCUUACUGAAAGAAGAUGACAGAUUCAAAAUAUCUGAGAGAGGGGAGAUGGAUAUUAAGGGUAAAGGUAAGAUGACCACGUACUGGUUAGAUGGAUUUGAGAGUGAAGAAGACUUCCGCACACUGACGAGGAAGGCGAAUUCCAUCGAUAUCGACCUUCAAUCAGCUUCGACCCUUGACAUAGGGCACACCAAUCUCAGUCCAGAGGCUGACCAGGAACCGGAGUACAAAACGAAACCUUUCAAAACACCACAGCUGCCGUCAGCUUUCGAUAUCCAAAAGCAGAACUCGGCUUUGUCCGACAUAUUUGACCCUGCGGACGAUUUUGACCCAGAAGAAUAUUAAAAUUUAUAUUUUAUCGGAGAAUAGGAAUUUACAAUACAUUUAGAUAUGUGAUUUAAACAAUAUUUGGAAAUUUACUUCGUCUCAGGCCCAAGUUUCAUGAACGUUCCUUAAAGAAAAUCCCUGAAUUAUUACUCCUAUGAAAGUAUUACGGAAGAUAAGAAAUGUCUUUGGAUUUACCAUUUAUAUCAGAUAUACUUUCACAAGGGGAAAGCCGCAUAUUUUCCUUAAUUUAGGAACAUUUGUGAAAUUAGGGAUAUUAAGUCUCGUUUAAAGUAUUUCUAUACUUUAUUUUAACUCAAAGAUGAUCGGUUUUAUCAUGUUUUAGGUAAUAUGGUUCUUAAUUUUAAUUAACCCUUUUGUGUGUAAAUAUCCGUAAAAAAUAAUCGGACGGCUAUCAGGUUUAAACUUGGACAUGCUGACGUCAUGGCUGUUGUCUUAAAUGUGAUGUCAUGAUUGAUGUCAUUUGUUGUUCUUUUAUUCUGACAUCACAAAGGCUGUUAUUACGUCGCGUAAUACAAAAAGAGGUAUGACCUACAAUGUUGGUGUACAUAGUGGGAAGGGAGAUAACUCCCACUGCACCAAUGUUACCCUUAUAAAACGUAGUUCCGAAUUAAUAAUUAUGACAGUAUUAAAGAUUAAUAUGUAUCGUAAUGAGAAUUAACCCUUAGAAGCUUUACAGAUAAGGAGCUUAGAAGCCUGGUGUCACACUGUGUUGUCUGUCAGUUUGGAUGUUCCAAUAUAUAAAACAAAAACGGCCCAGUGGUUUGGAAUCGGGAUAUUAUUGAUGCCCUUUUGUAGGUUACACUGCUAAACAGUGGAGUGGUUGAGUAAGAGAAUUAUGAAUAGAGGA